UGGCAACAAUGAAUGAAAAAAAUUGUAAUAUAAAUAAUAAUUCACCAAUAUCAUCAACAUAUUCAUCAUCGUUGACUAAACCUGAUACAAAUCAAUUUUAUAUGAUGAUUACAACAAUACCAACACUUUCAACAUCAGUAACAACAAUUAAUCAUAAUCAAUUGAAUGCUCAUCAUCAUUAUUAUUCGGUAUCAUCAUCAUCAUCAUCACCGGGAACAAUAUCAUCCUUAUCAUUAUCAUCAUCAUCAUCACCUGCAUCAUUACAUUCAUCAACAGCAUUUUCAUUAAAUAAUAUGGCUAAACAAGAUUAUCAACACAAUUCACAAGAUGAUUAUUUUCAUCAUAAUCAUCAUCAACAAUUACCAUCAAUGAUCAAAAUAUCUGAUGAUUUAAUUAGCAUCGAACGAAACAAAACAACUAAAAAUGAUUUGUCAUUAGAAUAGAGACAAUUUGUUGAUGGCACUUAUAGCAGACUUAAGCAUAUUCAGAC